GCGCCAGCGCGCGCAGCGGGUGACUCGGGGACUGGUUUGGAGUAGGACCUGCGGUGUGCUCCACGCUCCGACUUUCGCCCCCCGGCGCGCGCUCGGCCCGCGGGCCAUGCCCCGCACACACUGAGUGGGCACUGCCCGGCUCCAGGAGAGCGAGGCGCAGCGCGACCCCGGCCAUGGGCAGCUUCCAGCUGGAAGACUUUGCGGCCGGGUGGAUCGGAGGUGCAGCUGGUGUCGUUGUUGGCUACCCUUUGGACACAGUCAAGACUCGCCUGCAGGCCGGCGCCGGCUAUGGGGGCACCCUCAGCUGCAUCCGCACCGUGUACAGGACGGAGAGCGUGUUCGGCUUCUUCAAGGGCAUGUCCUUCCCUCUCGCCAGCAUCGCCGUCUACAACUCAGUGGUGUUUGGGGUCUUCAGUAACACGCAGAGGUUCCUCAGCCUGCACCGUGGCAGGGAGCCCGAGGCCAGCCCUUCCCGCACGCUGUCUGACCUGCUCCUGGCCAGCAUGGUGGCUGGCGUGGUCUCUGUUGGGCUUGGUGGACCAGUGGACCUCAUCAAGAUCCGGCUGCAGAUGCAAACACAGCCAUCUCUGGAAG